AUGGCUGAUUGGUCUACAUUGCCCUCUGAUCUUCUCAUUGCAAUUGCACUAAAAUUUGAUUCCAUUAAUGAGUUAAUUUAUUUCUCCGCGGUAUGUCGUUCAUGGAAUGAUGUGUUCACCGUGUUUAAGCGAGAUUCAGCCACACCUUGGCUACUGCAAGCCGAUCCCAGCCCCAAGCACGAUCACAAACUCGACGUUUGCUCGCGUCGUAGUAAAAUCUUUGAAAUCAACAAAGUAAAGGGUUUAGAAUUGAAUAUCCCACAAGCAAAUAGGAGGCAAUGCUUUGGUUCUGAGUAUGGAUGGAUUGUGAUGAUAGGUUUCGACGACAACCAAGUUUCGUUAUUUAAUCCCAUCACUAAAGCUCAACUAACCCUACCAUGCCUUGCAUCUUUGCCAGUGUUACGGAAUUCUUCUAUGAGGUAUGAAAUCAUGGAGAGAGGAAAACUGGAUAUUUGGGAACCCAUUGAAUUUAGAAUACUCAAGGCGAUUGUAUUAAAAAUCGAUGACAACGACUUUGUUGUAAUGUUAAUCUAUCAUCACAACUUAGAGUCUAGCCCGUACACGUCUAAAAAUAAUUCAUUAGCGUUAUCUCGCCCUGUAAAUAGAACAUGGAGAUGGACAAAGGUUAUAACAAGCGGUGAAAAAUUCCCUUAUGUUAUUGAUGUGGUGUAUUGGAAUGGAAUAGUGUUGAUUUUGCAUGUUAAUGGAUUGAUUACAUGUUGUGAAACUAGUGCAAUCGUUGACUUUAGCCCUUCUUCACCUGUUUAUGCCAAGCCUUAUCAUUCCAUUGUUUUCCCUACUUUUAAGCAAGGUAGGGUGUAUAAACUUGAUCGUAGCGGCAACGACAAGUGUUGGACUGUUGUUGAAGAUUUGGGUGAUUAUAUGGUAUUUGUUGGUAAUAACUCUGCUAUGAGUGUUCAUAAAUCAAAGUCCCCUAAUUAUCAACAUGAUGCUAUUUACUUUACCGAUGACAUUAAGUUUUUUUGGGAAGAUCUAAAACCACGCUGGCAAGACAUUGGUAUGUUUGAUAUGAAAUCUAGAGAAUUCAAACGAUUUAGCGAAAACAACGAUAAGAUUCGUACUACUUUUAGACCUCUAUGGUUUAUUCCCAAGUUUUAG